AUUCAAAUUGGUGGAAUUAGAAUAAGCGCGCUCGCUUCACUUCAGUCAUCCAACUCAACUCAACUCAACUCAAUGGCCAACUCCCUCACUUUCAGAACUAAAACCGCCACCGACGAUCCUCUCUUGCCCUUUCUCCGGUCAAUCAGGACUGCCCUAGAAGAUUCUAAUGGCUCCAGUGAAAAUUUCACCAACUUACUCAGUGAUUGCAUCACUAUAUUCAAGGACAAUCACCGUUACCGAGACGAUCCCAGAUUCCUCAAGAUCUGGCUCCUUUAUAUGGGAGUUAGUGAUGAUUUUUAUAGAGUUUUCAAAGAAAUGAUGGAUAGUAAUGUAUGUGCCAAAAAUGCUUCACUUUAUGUGUUAUCUGCAAGUUUUUUUGAAGCAAAGGGUAGAUUGUGCGAUGCCCAAACGGUCUAUAAGCUCGGCAUUUCCAGAAAUGCAGAGCCGAUUGAGUCGAUGAAGAAGGCAUAUACCUUAUUUCUCAGUAGAAUGUCCGAAAUAUGUAAUACUGCUUCAAAUCAGAAGGUUGAUUAUAAAGAAUCUCCUAUAUUGGAAAAUAAUGGCAUUAAUCCAUGGGACCCCUCUACUAUGAAUGACCUUUUGAAGAAGAUAUAUCCUUUAAUUACAAAAUUUGAUGGGUAUCAUUCGAACACUAAAUCUUAUACAGGAAAAGUGGCCUUGUCUACUUUGAAGAAUGCAUCAAGGAAUAAAGUUAUAGAGAUAGGUGGAAUGAAGUACCAUAUCAAGGGCUGUGCUGGACAGGGUGGUUUUGCUCAAGUAUACAAGGCACACGUCAACAGUGAUCCUGAUGAUGUUGUGGCACUAAAGAUACAAAAGCCAGCCUUCUCUUGGGAAUUUUACAUGUAUCGUCAGCUUGAUCAGCGCAUCUCUGGUAGAGAAAGGUCAAGCUAUGGUUUCGCUCACAGAAUUCAUCUCUAUUCUGACUGUAGCAUACUCGUCUGUGACUAUUUAUCUCAUGGGACACUACAGGAUGUCAUCAACUCAUAUGUGGUCAUAGGAAAAUCCAUGGAAGAAGUGUUGUGUAUAUACUACACAAUUGAAAUGUUGCACAUGGUUGAAACCUUGCAUGAUGUUGGAUUGAUACAUGGUGAUUUCAAGCCUGAUAAUCUACUUAUUCGCUAUGCUAGGGGUAGCCUCACAGAAGAUGAGUUUUUGGAUCGAUGUGGUUCUUGGCCUGAUCAGGGUCUUUGCCUUGUUGACUGGGGAAGAGGGAUCGAUCUACAUCUCUUUUCAGAUAACACAAUAUUUAAGGGAGAUUGCAGAACAUCUGGUUUUCGAUGCAUUGAAAUGCAAGAGGAUAAGCCGUGGAAAUUUCAGGUAGAUGCAUAUGGCCUUUGCGCUGUUGUUCAUGUGAUGCUGCAUAAUUCCUAUAUGGAAAUUGUCAAAAAAGAAUCAUCUGAUGGGGGCUUUGUGUAUCUUCCCAGACUACCCUUUAAACGUUACUGGAACAUCGAGCUUUGGAAAAAUUUCUUCACUAAGAUGCUAAAUAACUACCCCGGCCGUGAUGAUAGGAAGUUGCUGCAGGAAUUGAAGAAGUCCUUCCAGGACUAUAUGGGCUCUGAUCCUCAACAUAUUAGGAAACUAAAGGAGUUACUCGGGAAGCAAAGGAUUUCUCUGUGUUCUGCUUAGUGUUUUAAGAUCAUUAUACAUCCAUUUCUAGUUUAAUCGUCUUUGCAGCUGCCGAGUACAUAAAACACAAUGCAAGCAAUCAAAGGCAGAUUAUGAAGGUAUAAAUUUUCCACGCUCCUUAUGGACAGGACGCUUUCAAAGUGAGUUUGUUUUGGGGGCAUGCCGGUGUAUUUAACCUUCAACUUUAUUGGGUUAAAUAUUACAAUACUUUAAAUUGAGUAAAAAUAGAUCAUCCUUAUUUGCUCAUUGAGAAAUAAACUAAUGUUUAAGAGUCCUCCCUCCUCCUUUUAAUGGCCAUGCAUGCCUCUAUAGAUGCUAAUUUUUAGUCUAUUGUUAGUUUGAGUAACGGUUUUUCAAUGGUGUAAUGUAAAUGCAGAGGGUUGUAAUUUGUUGUAUGACUGUUGUACAAGCGAUCAUGUUUAUUGUCUUGGACGUUUAUCUAGUGUAAAUCAAUUGUAUUUGUGAGUCCUUUCAUUG